UUGGCAGUUUAGAUCUGUCCUACGACCGUCGAAGGUCUUUAACUAGUAGAGAUGAGUUUCAUAGGGAAGUCUUGCCGUUUAAAUCGUCAUUUAAAGGCUACUUCGAACUCGGUCGUGUCUCUGUCGUCGCCAUGUUCCUCUGCCGUUGCAGUUAAACCUAAAUUACUGGUGGUAAAACAGCCGCAACCGGCUCCUAUCUUCCCAAAGAAUGGCCCAUUGGCAGUAUCUGGAGCAGUUUCUGCCGUGUCCCAAAUCAGACUGUCACACACUGACAUUAAAGUUCCCGAUUUCUCUGCGUAUCGUCGUCCCAGUAACCAGAAUCCUUACCAGCCUUCGCGGGAGACGGAAGAUUCGCGAAAGAUGUUCAGCUACGUAAUUUUGGGAGUCGGAGGAUUAGGAGCAGCAUAUUCGGCCAAAGCCAUCGUGACCGGCUUGGUGUCAUCCAUGAGCGCCUCGGCAGAUGUGCUGGCCAUGGCAAAGAUCGAAGUCAAACUGUCCGACAUACCGGAAGGAAAGAAUGCCACCUUCAAGUGGCGCGGAAAGCCCCUCUUUGUCAGACAUCGCACCCCAGACGAGAUUCAGCGGGAGUGCGCGGUCAACCUGGCCCAACUCCGCGAUCCCCAGCACGACAGCGAGAGAGUUCAGAAGCCGGAGUGGCUUGUGCUGAUAGGAGUCUGCACCCACCUGGGCUGCGUUCCAAUUGCUAAUGCCGGAGACUUCGGAGGGUACUACUGCCCAUGUCACGGUUCUCACUACGAUGCAUCCGGAAGAAUCCGCAAGGGGCCGGCACCCCUCAAUCUAGAAAUUCCGUACUACGAAUUUACCGAUGACGUGACACUACUGGUCGGUUAAUUACAUAAUAAGUUAUAAAAGUGAGGUGUUAAUUAUUUAGUUUUUGUUAAAAUAAAGGUAGGUCAAAUUCUUGUACAGGAAUCCUCGAAUGUACGAGCACCGUUCGGAAAACUCCAUUUAUAAGACAAUAAAAUGUAAUUUAGACACACUGAA